GGAGGCUGUAUGCACGCGGGUAGUAAUAUUGUUCUAAAUACACGUAAGACAUUGUUGUACCCGGUGUUAACUACAAAAGCUUAUCCGACCAAAAAAUCAAAGGCACACAUCAUGUUCCUACACGUUAGUAUUGGUAACGAUUGUGUCUCGGAUUUAUAACCGAGCACUAUAUGCAGCACGUACGUGCAUAGCAUGUGUGAUGCAACCAACAGGAUCAAGAUGCACCACUCCACACAGCCACAGCUUGGUCUCCAAGCGCAUGCGUUCACACAGACACAGACCCAAUCCACACAGAUACCUAAACUGAAGUUUAGCAUCCGUAUACUGAAACUUGACAACUAUCUCACCGCCCCCGUGGAAGGCCUGGACGACUGUUUGCUCGAACCUGGCUCUCAGUCGAACUACAGUGAGGUGUGUUUGCCAGUCUCUCGCGUGUGAUGUACCACUAAUCUGUGCAAACUCGAAAUUCUAGAUAUAGUGUAGAUGUACGGAAUGAAUCUGGCUCUCAGUCAAACUACAGCGAGGUGUGUUUAUCUGCCUGUCGCAUGUG